AAAUGAUGUGAAGUAUUAUUGUUCUUUUGAGGACUUUUCACAGGAGUCAUCAACCCUCUCCAUUCUAAAAUGCUUGUUUGGAUCUUUAUUGAGCUACAGGCAUACCUAAGUUUUGAGGCUUGGCAAAGUCAUCAAGCUCAUUCGCUCAUUUGAAAAACAGGCACAUAUAUUCCAAGAGGAAGUUAAGACUGCCCACCAAACAUAUGAUUCAUGCUUCAUCUUGCAGGGGUUUUGGCAUACAUCAUGAAAUUAUGUUUAAUGCUAUUCAUAGUGAGCAGUCCAUGGCAUUGAUGUCAUGACUUGUACGUUACAUAUUUCAGGCUACCCCGAGAUAGCAUAAAUGCUUUGCGGUGUAAUUAAUACCCAUAGCUUUUUAGUGUAAUUACUGAUCACUUAGAAUACCUUUGCAUUUUAGGCAUCAGGUUUCAGCUGCCUUGGGAAACAUCUCUCAGCCAAUGGCUAUUUAUAAUGCAGAAGAAGUAGAUAUGAAGCCAGACGAGGAUGAGAUGUGAAAGGUAACUUCAGGACACGGCACACUCCGAUGGCAAAUGUUUACAUGUAGUACCGUUAGUGUGUGUGUUUGUGUAUGUGUGUGUGUGUGUGUGUGUGUGUGUGUGUGUGCGUUUGCUGUUUAACAACUUUCGUCUGUGACCUUCAGAGAAAACUGCUGGACACAUUUAGAGUGGGCACCAGAUGUGCCGAACCAACUGCUUCACACAAUGAGUCCAGUCCACAUCACUGCGUCAUGCAGAUGUUUCUAUUUUAGGUGGUCGGCUGACUACACCUCAAGAGCUUUCACUUCUCACUCAAUAUGUCUUGUGUGAAGCUGCUUUGCAUUAGUGUGAUGCUGCAUAAUUAAUCACACAAAUGUUAAUGGAAGAAAUAAUGGGCUCCAUGGUAGGAAGGCAACGGCAUCACCAGCAGAUGUGGGGCAGCACAAACCAAACUAUAUGAUAAACUUUUGAUUGUCAGUUGCUCCUGUGCAUUAUGUCCGAUCAGGCGAAAAUCCCAGAGAAAACUCCAAGUACUACAAUAGAAUUCUAGUUAGAAGCCCAGAUUCAUCAGUGUAUUUACUUAUGAAUACUACACAUAACAAGUAUGUGAUUAGAUUGGUUUGGAUAAUAAAAUACAGCUUUUUGAGUUUUUCAACAGAUACAAUGAAAAUACAGGCUGUUUUAGUCCUGUUAUUAUUGUCAUCCUGAUUAUGUAAACAACGUGUGUCAUCCAUUGCAGACAAGUUGACUAUGACAACACAAACAAGAAGUGGCUCAUAUCUCUGCACACGCCCAAAAUCGCUCAAUAUGUCUGGACCUCAAUCCGCAACAAUUGUCAUUGUAAAUGUACAAAUGAGUGGAUGACUGGAGUACAAGAGGCUGUGGUGAAGGAAAAUCUUAAUGAUUUCAUUGUUUCUAUUGAAUUGUUUGUUUGAGUCUGUUGGAUAGGUCCGGGAGACUAAUCUAAUCGUAUUCUGGUGGUGCUUUUUUCUCAAUGACAAUAAUUACAGAAACAUCCAGCUUACAUUUCCCCCCUUUUUGCAGCAAUAUAGAUUAAAUAUAGUUGAAUAUAGAUUCAAAUCCAUAAUUUUUUACAAAUAUUUUGUUGAUUAAAAAAGAUAUGCAUUAAAAAAAUGUUGAAUGUCCAGAAUUAUUUGUGAUAUAAACAUUGGCUCAUUGGCAAAGUUUGAUUGUUCAUAAAUCUAAUUUAGUUAUUUUAUGAAGCCAUUGAAUAUAAAGCAGAGCAUUGUUACUGAUACAUUCAUAUAUGUAAUGGAUGUGCUCCAAUAGAGACUGGCUUUGCUUUAAUGAACUGUCUGAAAGUUCAAAUAUGUUUAUCAGAGAAUAUACUUGUUUGAGCUUGGAUUAUAUUGUUUGUGUUGGAAAGUUUAAAGAAUGCAUAGCAAUCACUACACACCGAGGGAAGGUUACAAAAGCAAAUAGAAGUACAGUGGCGAAACCAAAAUGGGUUACCACUCUCUGGUUGGUUAAAAAGUGGAAGAGUUUACUAUAGUAUACUACGCAUAUAAGGAGUCCUACUGCUGUCAUCAGCAUUUUUAGCAUUAUAGACUGGCGCUGAUUAAAUAUUUUUGAAGAGGAAGCAUAAAAUAUAUAGCACAAACAAUAUCGCGCUGACAUUGUUUGACAUGUUCCUUCAUGAAUGGCCUUACACUUUCUUGGAAAUAAACUGCAUGUUGGCUUACAAUUAGGAGCUUUUUAUUUUAAAUCAUGCAUGAGCCCUGUGAUAAAUUGGUUUAUUUAUACAAAAAAGUAACGAGAAAAAAUGAUCUUUACAUUGGCUAUGGUAUCUAAGUGAGGUCAAGGAGCCAAUCCAGGACCCCCCACCUGAAAACAUAGCAGCCAUAACCUGGUUUUACAAGUGUUUUGGGUUUUACAAGUGUCACCGUUUGUUCAGUUCUUCUUUCAUAUUCUCCCCUGGCGAGAGAAAUAACAGUGUGCGGCGAGUGAACCCCGCGCUAAUCCCCUCUCUGUUGCGGUGUGGAGGACCCCCGAGACGAGCCCAGGGGCCAGCGGCGGGGCCCCUGUCCUGCCGCAGCAGCAGCACCACUCGCAGUCAGGCAGCGGGACUCCAGGCACUCACUUCCCCAGCUGCUGACGUCAGCUGGCAGCCUGGGCUGUGCUCGCCGCUCCGGACAUAGCGCCGAGAAAAAUGCUGCUCUCCGUACCGCCAAGGGCAGGAAUCAACCCAUACAACGGCUAUAACAGCAGAAACAGCAAAAAGCAGACCUAUGUGUCCUCUGGCCACCAGAUGGCUCCCCCAAGUCCCAACAACAACAAUAGCAGCAGCAGCAGCAGUGGGGGAGGGGAACAGCUGAGUAAAACUAACCUGUACAUCCGCGGCCUUCAUCCUGGGACCACGGACCAAGACCUGGUCAAGCUCUGCCAACCAUAUGGCAAGAUUGUGUCGACCAAGGCCAUCUUGGAUAAAACCACCAACAAAUGUAAAGGAUAUGGCUUUGUGGACUUUGACAGUCCAGGUGCAGCACAAAAAGCUGUCACAGCUUUGAAGUCCAGUGGUGUCCAGGCUCAGAUGGCUAAACAACAAGAGCAAGACCCCACCAACCUCUACAUCUCCAACCUGCCAGUGUCGAUGGAUGAACAAGAGCUGGAGAGCAUGCUCAAGUCCUUUGGCCAGGUCAUUUCUACACGCAUCCUCCGGGAUGCUAACGGGACGAGCCGCGGUGUGGGCUUCGCCAGGAUGGAAUCCACUGAGAAGUGCGAGGCCAUAAUUCAGCAUUUCAAUGGCAAAUUUAUCAAGACUCCACCGGGAGUGCCUGUGCCCACAGAGCCCUUAUUAUGUAAGUUUGCAGAUGGAGGUCAGAAGAAGAGGCAGAACCAGGGGAAAUACCUCCACAAUGGAAGGCCCUGGAUUAGAGAUGGAGAUACGGGAGGAAUGACGCUUGCGUAUGACCACACAGCCUUACAAAAUGGCUUCUACUCCUCACCCUACAGUCUGGCUCCAAACCGAAUGAUCGCCCAGACUUCUCUCUCCCCCUACAUGCAUUCUCCUGUCUCGUCCUACCAGGUACACAGCCCGUCCUGGAUGCACCAUCAGUCAUACCUCAUGCAGCCAGCUGGUACUGUUCUUACCCCAACAAUGGAUCACACCAUGUCCAUUCAGCCCACGUCCAUGAUGGGACCUCUCGCCCAGCAGCUAAGCCACCUGUCCAUGGGCAGCACGGGCACAUAUAUUCCGGCCAACACGACUAUGCAGGGGACCUACAUCCCCCAGUACACCCCAGUGCCUCCCUCCAGUGUCCCAGUAGAGGAGAAUGGUGCUCAACAGGUUGCUAUGGAGACUCCCUCAGAACACACAAACUACUCGUACCAACACACCAAGUGAAGCUAAGCUCCAGCACGGUGGAGCCGAGGGCACGAGAUGAGUCCAACCAAACCGGAUUCCGCAAAACUGUCCUCCAUAGAUCACCAAGCACCUGGACUUGAACAUGGAUAACAAAAGGAACAUCUGUGUGUGUCUGUGUUUGUGUGUGUGUCUGUGUUUGUAUGUAUGUGUGUGUGUCUGUAUUUUAUUUUUAUUUUUAAGAAAAAGGACAACACUUAUGUCAUUGGACUUUUCUGCUCACAUCCUUAAGAGUCGAUCAACCAAAGGUGGGAAUCUUCUUCACAGAAGCUGUGAUCUAUUUUGAUAUCUGAAAAAAAAGAAACAUAACAAGAAGUUAAAAAAGAAAACUAAGGAAAAAACGUAAGAGACGUUGAAAGACACAGAGCAUUAUUUUUGUGCACGUAAUAUAACAAAUUCUUAUUUUUAACACAAAAAAGCAUUCUGGACAUUUCAGGGUGAUUCAAGGAAGAGUUGAAACACAAUGUGUCUUUUAUUUUUUUGUAAAAUAUGCAAACUUUUAUUUUUAUUUCCUGAUGUCUGUUGUUUGACGUUCUAUUUGCAGCAGCGGAGGAAUCAAUUUGUACAGAGACAAAAACUUCUAAAACACUUUUGCUGAUCUGACGUGUCGGAGGCAAACCGUUUAAAGCUACUUCUUCCUGUAACUGCUGCAGAGAUUUCUAUUCACGCACAGAUGAUAAUAACAAUGUUUAUAGUCUGUUUAGUCUAAUUAUUAUAAUUUUUUUUACAUUCCUUCGUAAGUGAACAAAAGACAAUCAAUUAUUUAUAUUUAUAUUUGAAUUAUAUCACAAUUUAUUUUCUUUUUUUAUAGAGUUGUUAUCAUUCGGACAAACAUUUAUAGAAAAUAAGUUAUUUAAUACUGUCGUCUCUAAAGACAUGGUGAAACUGACUUAACCCGGCGCAGUAACGAUUUGGCUCAUUAGCAGUUUUGAUGCUUUGAUGACUUCCAAUUAGAUUUCAAGUCCUUUACGCACCAUUACAUGACAUAUGUUCAUACUAAUAUUUGUCCUGUUUUGUUCUAUUGUAACUCCAUGUUACAUCUGUCUUCAUAAGAAGUGGUUUUAAGCGGUUUUGCUUUGGCAAUACUUCAGGUAUCACAUAUAUAAAUUCAUCCUCUGUCGAAGGGAUGAAACGAACGUGCUUUAGAUCCGAGCUGUUAGAUUCCUGAAAGAUUAUGUGUACAAAGAACAAUGCCGUUACUAAAUUAAGAUAUAGAUAAGCAAAAGUAAUGAGGGAAAUCAAAUAGAAGACUAACACGAUCCCUGAGAAUAAUUAGUGUGUAAGGAGAGGGAGCUGUAAGUCUUUUUUCAAUGCUGCUGUUGUCGCCUGAGUCUGAUUUUGUUAGUGAUUUUUAGUUUGUAGAAAGUUAAAUGUUUCCGUUUUACUUUUGUCUGUCACUUGAAAACCUUUCGAGCUAAUUUGCCUUAUUUUUGAUGACAUUAUCUUUGAAGUAGAUUAGAUUUUAGCUGUAGAUUUGAGCUUUUUACAGAGAGUAGAUGUUAGUUUCUUUUGUUUCUCUGCGUAGGGAUUGAUGCUGUUUUCUUGUGCACAUUACUUUUUCUCUCGUUUUGUUUUCACUCGAAUUUCCGUUCCAAACCUUGUGUCGUUGUCCUCAAAUUGUGUCGGGCCUGUUUGUCGAAAGCCUUUCAGAGUGGAGAGUUGAACCAAACAAUGACUUCAUAUCGUCCUGAACCAAAAGAUUCAUCCUGAUGCUGCAUCAGUGUUGAUGCUCAAAGAGUUGGAGUUCAUCAAGUGGAGCUCAUGUCACAGUGCAUCCAAAUACUUUAAGUUAUGCAGACAUCAAAAGCUGUAGAUAAUAGAAAUAAAGGUUUUACAAAGGACUGCUCACUAGACCAUGGAAGUGCCAUUAAAGACGAUUCUUACAGCCUUUAGUUAGACAGCCUCAACGGAUUUUGGAGAGAUCCCAAAUUCAGCAAAAACAACUUUUAGCUAAGCCUUAAUUCUUUUCCAUGGAUGAACUGCCUGACCUCUUAUAGGAUGGACACUAAGUUGUGUAUAUACUACAGAAAUGGCAAAAGGCUUGUUUGAAUGCCAUCGAGUUAGUCGUCACUUCAGUCGAGUUCGCUGUAGGGUUGCGUGGAGCUUUUCUUCCCGCUCUUCAAUCAUCCAUAUUAGAGUCCAGUGAUAAACACAGUGUGAAGACAUCUUUCUUAAGGCUCGCAGUUUGAUGAUUCUGUUUUUAGCUUUUUUUUCACUUGCUGUGUGUUUCUAUUGUUUAUUUCCGCAACCAAAGAUGUUGUAGCCACCCAUCUUUUAGCUCUCUUUCACAGUGAAACUGCUCUCAUUUGUUGACGAUCAUGUGUUGUGUGUAGCUGGAUGAAAUGCCUGCUUUCUGCUUCCAACAGAUUCAGAAAGGGAAAUAUUACACUAAUUGGUACACAUUAUUCCACAUUCAGAACACAGUUUAAGAUGUUGUGGCAACUUUUCGCCACUACUCUGUCAUAUAGUAAAGUACAUGUAAAUGAUCUGGUUUUGUUGACACAAGUUAAUUAUGCUGAGUUUUCCUCGACAUAUGUAAUGUUGGUGCGUAUGUAAACACUCUCGUUAUGACAUUUAUUGGCCUCUGCAGACACCCGGCAGAUCUCCAGAGCAUUUACGAUGGUGACAGAUUUCAGACACGAGAGCUAAUUUUGUAAAUAUUCUUGUUUCCCCCACUGUCUUGUUUGUUUCUUUGUGUGUUUUAUUUUAUUUUUUUAAUGAUUUAUAGCCUGUCCAGAUAACACAGUGAUUUGCAAGGUUUUCAGAUUCAGUACCCCAUGAAGGAAAUGUCAUGGAUGUUGUUUAUAUGUUCAGAGAAAUGCUAUUCCAUGUAUUAGCCAUCGCUUUAAUACAAAAACAGGAUUUUGAAACUAUGAAAUGACCACUUGUUACAAUGACGUGUUUAUUUAUUUUAUUUUUUAUUUUUUCCAACUUGUCAGCAGAGAUAACAUUACAGUCAUGACGCUCCAAAAUAAUUAGCAUCAUGGAAAUGAUAAAACCUUAAAUUUCACUGAAACUGUAGAAAUACUGAGAUCAAUGGUGUGCUCUACAAACAAUAUUUAGAAAUACAAAAAUCUCGUUGCACUUAUUAUUUUUAGUCCACACCAAUUUGAAAAUGCUCUUUUUGUAAAUUUUUAUGUAGAUUUGAUGGCUUAUUUCAUAGCUUCAAAAUAGUUUGCUGCUAAAACAGGAUUUCCAAACAGGCGGUUUGAUGUUGCCCAUUCAGAAUUUUCUAAAUGCCCCUUUUUAUUUUUAUUUGGUAAAUACGCAGUAACCCUAAUUUGUUUGAUUUUCAGUCAUAAUUUCAUGAUUUAAUUUCUGGUUUACUAAUGAGCAGUUAACAUUGUAUUUUACAUGAUUAGACCCCAUAAUAGUUGUCUUAUGAUGACACUUUUUAAUAAAAAAUAUUAAAAACUUGUGUAAAUUAAUCCCAGAUGUUUUGAAAAUCUGAUGGGCUCAUCUUGCUCCCUGCUUGUGAACAGUUUUCUUAUUUAUACAAGAACUCAUUUUGUACAGUUUUGUUAAGAGGAAAUAGGUUUUGAUAUUUGGUUAUUUUGCAAAGCCACUUGGCUAUUUUUGUCUUCCUGUGCCAGAGUUGCUAGAUUUUCUGUAACUUGUCUUUUUUUUAUUGAUUGAGAUAAGAUUUUCCUUCUUUCUUGGUUUUCUCUUUGAAUUUUCAUAUGUCGUUUUCCCUUUUUUUAAAUAAAAAUCUUGUUUCAGUGA